UCUAUAUCAUUUGUGUAUGAACUAAUGUAUAUUUUUGCCCAUAGUUCGAUUGGUUUUUUAUUCUCAUUCAUUCGUUCAUUUCGGCUGUGUUAAGAGGUGUUAAAAUUCGUAACAUAAAACAUCAUCCAGCAUAAAUAGAUAAUUGAACAAAAAAAAAAUCAAAAUAGUCAAUCGAUUCGUAGGAUUUAAAGUCAUUGAAAAUUUUAGAAAUUUUACUGUGCAUAGAAAUAAAACAAUAAAUUACAAACCAAACAACACACAAAAUAUCAUAAAAUGUCGAUGGAGCCGUCAGCUUGUGAAGAUUUGAAAGCAUUCGAAAGACGUCUAACAGAAGUAAUAUCCUGUGUUCAUCCGUCAACAGUUCGAUGGCGAGUUAUGCUGGCAAUAAUGUCAACAAUGACAUCGAUAGGUGCAUGGUAUUGGUUAACCGAUCCAAAAACAGCCGUUGUUCCAUUAACAGAAUCAUUACUAAAUCAUUAUAUAUUUGUGAUAGCAGCAUUAAUUUUGUUAUCGCUUUUUGUUAUGGGCAUCCAUAAAUUAGUAAUUGCGCCACAGAUAUUGACAUCGAGAACACGACAAGUGCUAAACGAUUUCAAUAUGUCGUGCGACGAUACGGGAAAAUUGAUUCUAAAGCCAAGGCCAACAACAUAGUCAAUUGUGUCCAAUUUUUUAUCAUAUUAUACUUCGUUUUCAUUUGUUCGUACCAAGUUCCUCUCUCCAAGUUCUACCACAACCACUCUAUCAGCUAUAAAUAUCCUUCCUUUUCUUCGCUAUGUUCAUAUCAACAUAACAAUGUAAAUUUUUUCCGCCAUUUCUAUGUACAUUUAAAAAAAACCAUAGCUUUCCAUAAAAUAUGGCUGAGAAAAUAUGUAAACAUAUAUGUUUUCAAAUUGACGACGAACCGUUUGAUAUACGGAUUUUAUUUGUAAAAAACACACACACACACAGAAAACAAAAAAGAAAUAAAUUAGCCAAUCAAAAGAGAUUCGUUUCUAUAAAGAAAAUGAACAAUUAAAAAUCAAUUAAUUUAAAUAAUAUAAUUUUCAAUCUUUUUGUUUUUCUCUGCAUCAAAACUUGUUCGUCGACUACAACACACUUGCCUUGAUUGUUUUAUACAUAAAUAUGAUUUAAAAAAAAAGAAAAAAAAAAUGUGUGAGAAAAAGAAAACAAAUAUGUCGAAGUUACAUUACAAAUCGAAAAAUGUAAAAUAAUAAUUAUUAGCCAAAAAUUUGAAUAUUUCUAUUUUCUGGAUUUCAGGCGAAACGGUUAUUCUUAGCUUGUAUCGCAUUCAUAAUAUUUUUUUUUUUUAAUAGAACAAAAAACUGUUUCAUUCAUUUAAGUUUUAUAUAGUUUUUGAAUGUAAAAAAAGGAAUAGACGAAUGUCGAACAUUUUAACGCAUUCUUACAUUUGUAUAAAUAUAUUGAGAGAAAAACCAACUGAAAUAAAUCACUUCCAGUUUAGAGCUACGAUAUCAUUCAUUUUACAAACCAUUUAUUAUCGCGCGCGCACAAGCCAAACGAACACAAACGAUACAUUUCAUCGCAAACUGCGCGAUCCAUUUGUUUUGAAUGAAAUUUGUGUAUUUUUUAAUAUAAGAAUUGAAAUUGACAUUUUUCCAAAUCAAAUAACAAUUCGUUUUAUUUUCGACACGAUUCUCGAAUUCAAACGAAUAAAAGUGAAACGAAUGACAAAAGGGAGAAUGAGACACGUAAGUGGUAAUUUAUUGUACAGUACUUUGUUGGUACGUUAUUUUGAUGAAUUGUUGAAGUAAUGGUAUAUUCUAAAGAGACUUUCAAAUCUAAAACAAAUACUUCCAUUUUAGUACAGAAACACACAUACACACACAACGCGCGCAAAUUAAAGCAAUGCAAAUUUUUUGCAAUAUUUAUACUCAUUGUGAGCAUGAGGUGAAUUAUAAAUUCGAUUAAAUAUGUAAACUGAAAUCCAUAAAUUUUAUCAACACACAUACACAAAAUAAUGUUUGUUUUCGUUUGUGCAUUGAUUAAGAGAUUUUCCGAGUAAAAAUUUUUUUUAGUUUAAUUUAACAUUGCAAUUAUUGUCAGCACAUUAGAAGUUUAUAAAUUAUUUCAUUGGAUUUUCCUAAUAAAAAUGAAAAAAAAAA